AAUGGGAUGGAGGAUAUGCCUACCCUGAACAAAAUUAGUUUAGGAAGAGCAUAUGCUCAUAAAUUCAUCUUCAGGAGAAAAUGGGUAGCAGAAGUUCAUUUGGGACUAAACUAACAAAAACAGGGAUGAAAAAAAUAAAAAGAAAGGCAAAGGAGAUAAAAAGAAGAAAGAAGAAAGGGGGAAAAGAUAAAAGAAGCAAAAAAAAGAGAAGAAAAAGACACAUGAAGUGGCUAUGGGAGAAGAAAAAACCUACAUCAGACCUAGAGGAUCAAGACAUAAUGGGAGCAUUUUUAGACAAGCCAAAGAUGGAAAAGCAUAAUGCCCAGGGGCAGGGUAAUGGGUUGCGAUAUGGGCUAAGCAGCAUGCAAGGUUGGCGAGUUGAAAUGGAGGAUGCACACACGGCUGUGAUCGGUUUGCCAAGUGGACUUGAAACAUGGUCAUUCUUUGCUGUGUAUGAUGGGCAUGCUGGUUCUCAGGUUGCCAAAUACUGCUGUGAGCAUUUGUUAGAUCACAUCACCAAUAACCAGGAUUUUAAAGGGUCUGCAGGAGCACCUUCUGUGGAAAAUGUAAAGAAUGGAAUCAGAACAGGUUUUCUGGAAAUUGAUGAACACAUGAGAGUUAUGUCAGAGAAGAAACAUGGUGCAGAUAGAAGUGGGUCAACAGCUGUGGGUGUCUUAAUUUCUCCCCAACAUACUUAUUUCAUUAACUGUGGAGACUCAAGAGGUUUACUUUGUAGGAACAGGAAAGUUCACUUCUUCACACAAGAUCAUAAACCAAGUAAUCCGCUGGAAAAAGAACGAAUUCAGAAUGCAGGUGGCUCUGUAAUGAUUCAGCGUGUGAAUGGUUCUCUGGCUGUGUCAAGGGCCCUUGGGGAUUUUGAUUACAAAUGUGUCCAUGGAAAAGGUCCUACAGAGCAGCUUGUCUCACCAGAGCCUGAAGUUCAUGAUAUUGAAAGAUCUGAAGAAGAUGAUCAGUUCAUUAUUCUUGCAUGUGAUGGUAUCUGGGAUGUUAUGGGAAAUGAAGAGCUCUGUGAUUUUGUAAGAUCCAGACUUGAAGUCACUGAUGAUCUUGAGAAAGUUUGCAAUGAAGUAGUCGACACCUGUUUGUAUAAGGGAAGUCGAGACAACAUGAGUGUGAUUUUGAUCUGUUUUCCAAAUGCACCCAAAGUAUCACCAGAAGCAGUGAAGAAGGAGGCAGAGUUGGACAAGUACCUGGAAUGCAGAGUAGAAGAAAUCAUAAAGAAGCAGGGAGAAGGCGUCCCCGACUUAGUCCAUGUGAUGCGCACAUUAGCAAGUGAGAACAUCCCCAGCCUCCCACCAGGAGGUGAAUUGGCAAGCAAGCGGAAUGUAAUUGAAGCUGUUUACAAUAGACUGAAUCCUUACAAAAAUGAUGACGCUGACUCAGCAUCAACUGAUGACAUGUGGUAAAACUGCUCAUCUAGCCGUGGAGUUUACCUUCACUUCCAAAGGAGAGUGCAACUCAACUUUGUUGAACCUUUUAGCAUCCAGCCUCAACUUAAGGAAGGGGAUAUGACAUGGGUGAGAGUGAUUACACCAGAGAACUUCAGCAGUACAACAGCUAGCCCAGAACUGAUUUUCUUUUCUUUUUUUUUUUGUAAAUUUGAGACUUAUGUAAACGUGAUUUCAAACCAUAAUUCAUGUUGUAAAUCAGACUCCAGCAAUUUUUGUUGUAUGAUUUUUUUUUUGUAAAGUGUAAUUGUCCUUGUACAAAAUGCUCAUAUUUAAUUAUGAACUGCUUUAAAAUCACUAUCGAAGAUACAAGAAAUGUUGGCUUGUUGUGUGAUGCAACAGAUAUAUAGCCCUUUCAAGUCAUGUUAUAUUUGGAUUUGGGGUUGGGACAGGGAGAGCAGCAGCCAUGUCAGCUAGGUGCUCAAACAUGCACAUGAUUAUGGAGAAGAAUUUCAAAAUCUUACAAAGCUGAAUAUCCCAGGAGUGAUGGAAAACUAUCUUAAUGUUCUUGGCAAGGGAUUGGCAUUGUUGAUAAAGCCACUCUCUUUAUUUUACUGUGUUUCAGGAUGUUCUCUCCUUGUUGCUAUGAGUAUUGCAGGUAAUACAGUAUAUUCAUAAGAAUAUCAAUCUUGGGGCUAAAAUGCCUUGAUUCUUUGCACCUCUUUUACAAGUCCUUACAUUUAAUUACUAAUUGAUAAGCAGCAGCUUCCUACAUAUAGUAGGAGACUGCCACAUUUUUGCUAUCAUGAUUGGCUGGGCCUGCUGCUGUUCCUAGUAAGAUAUUCUGAAUUCCAUUUUAUCAAUAAAGCUUGAUUUAACAAACAAGAAAUUUAAUCAUGUAUGUGUAAUUCCUCUUUUACCCCGGCCUUUUAAACACCAUACCAUUGUAAAUGAGAUGUUCUCAAAGGGAAAGAUGUUAGUCUCUUUUAAUUUGACAAUACUGUUUCAGUCACCAAUGAAAUUGUUUUCCUUCCAUUAGAAAAACUUAAAAGAUUUAAGUCUCUCUUGUUCUUUAAUUUGUUUUUCAAAAUAAGUUUCUUUCAGGCUGCUUACUUUUCAUUAAGAUGUACAUCAGCUUGAAUUUGCCUACUGUUUAAUUAAAUAAUUGUCAAAGUUUGACAAUCUAACACUCUAUGGUAGGUAUGUGUGUGUUUGUGUGUGUUUGCCUGUGACUUUUAAUUGGCCCAUGUCUUUAGAAUCCAAGUGGUUAAGAUGUAUUUGUGAUUUGAAAUAUAGCAUGUUGAUAAUAUUUAGCUGUUGGCCUUUAAAAAUAAAUUUCAAAGCUUAAGGAAUUGUAGAUAUAAACCUAAUUUAAUUUAGGCUUAAAUUUUUCUGAUUAAGCAUGUGAAAGUUUUACAAUCUGUCACAUUGAAAAGACUACUGUUCUGUGCCCUUUUGUAUUUUUGUCUUUCUAGGUUGAAUAUUGUAUUUAUUAUCAUGUAAAUGAAUCAGUUAGUAAGCAGAUUCCCCACUAGAAAACUACUAAAAUGUAAGAUUAAAAUACAGCAUUAAAUACAAAAUCAGAAUUUUGUGUAUAAAGCUAGUAUAAUACAUUUUGUUUUGUUUGUUUUCCCUAACUUGGAAAUAUACAUAUUUGUAUAUAUAGCCUUAAAACUAAUGUAAAGUUAGGGAACCUAGUAGGAAAAGUAAUGUAAAAUGUUUCAGAUUUAAGUAGUUACAUACCAGCAAACUCUUUUCAAUAUCCCUCUUAUUUGUGAGGUGAUUAAAUGUAAUUUAAUUGUAUUUAAUUUAUCUCUUAAUCCAGCAUGAAUGAAGAAAAAUUGAAGUACUAUUUAUAUUUAGAAAUUCAGAAAAGUUGGAAUUACAGAACCAAUUCCUUACUUAACUUACAAUAAAUGCUUAAUGUCUAAAUCUGUGGUAAAGUGCGAAGUAUGAUAAUGUUCUAAGUUAUGACUUUGCAAGCAUUUAAAUUUGCACUUAAUGAAUACCAGUGCUUCUAGUGUAGAUUUGAUUACCAAACAUGCCAGUACUGAAAGCUAACCUCCCUAUUACAACAAAUCAGUUCCUUAACUUUUUAAUAAAUAACCAAAAGUUUUUAGUUUCAUAAUUUGCAAAAUAUUUAACUGGAUUGUGGUAUCUUUUAGAUGUAAAACUUGAACCAUAAGUAAAACACGUGAUGGGAAGCUAUAUUUCAAACCAUAAUAGCAUAGCAUAUUAUAACUUUUUUUUGGGAGUCUUUUAAACAAAAGAGAAAAUUAAGAUACUCCUGUUAAAGUUUUUAAUAUUGAAAUUGGCUGGAAAUGUGAGAAGACUGUGUUUAAAUGUGAUUUUAAGAAGACUAAAUCUUUUCCAUAUGAGUCAACACUGCCGUACAAAAUAUAACUUUCCAUUUUAAAAAUACAGAAAGGAACUUUACAUUGUACUAGCAGACUGCUUGACUCCUAGGGGUAAUGGUCAUGGUGAGAAACAACCACAUUUAAAAGGCAUUUUUGCACCUCUUCUGUGCACUUCAUUUUUGUACCUCUUGAAUUCUCAGCCCCCACUGUUUUUUUAAUACUAAUUAGCAUCUCAGGGCAUUGCCUCAGAAUUUUUGGUGUAUUCUAUGUUUUCUUUUUUGGGGGGGAGGUGGUUCUUAUCUGAGGAUAUAUAGAUUUAUUAAGAUUAAAUUUUCAUUUAGAUAUCAUAUUAUGAUAAACCCAGUUUACUGCUGUUAACCAGAAAUUCAGUUUUGUAUAGCCAGAUUCUUACUACCUAACAUUAAAAUAUUUCACUUAUCUAAUUCUUAUUAUUUUAACAAGAUCUCCCUAAUUUUUACCUUCUUUAGGAAUAUACUUUUAAAGAUAACAGAAGCAGUUCUCAGUAUUAUCUUUUAAAAAUUAAAUCAAAGUGGUAUUUUUCUUAUUCAGUUUUAAAACUAUCCUCAAACAUUUUUAAUUGUAACCAUUUAUUUCUAGAGAACUAUGCAAUUGUUCCAGCUUAAUUUUUAUGCAAACGUCAUAACAUUAAGAAAUUUGGAUUAGAGAAUAUAUCAGUUAUAUAAUUCAAAUAAUCCAAAUUAUAAUGGUCAUAAAUUUGACCAUAUAUUAAUCUACAAAACACUGAUCUAGGUUAAAUUCCUUAGGACUGUAAAUAGAUUGAAUGGGUCAUUAUCUUCAAGGAGUUUGCAUUUGGGCAAAAUUAAUAACCUAAAGAUAUGUUAGUAUUAUAACUGGAUCACUCAUCAAAAAAUAUAUAUAUAUAUAUAUACACAUAUAUAUAUUUUGCCCACCUUCUGUUUGUCAGGUACUUUACUGAGCAAAAGGUAUGCUUCUGCCCUAAAGGGCUCAUUUUGUUGCUUUUAUUCACCUGAAAACUAUUGUUUCUUUUCUCUUCCCCAAAGUUAAAAAUCUCAAAAGAAAAUUUAGCUCCGCAUAAGAGUAAAAUUGGACUGAUGAAGCUCACUUAUUCUGUUGGCAGUAGCAAGUCAGAAAUAAGUCAUAGAUUUCUUAGAAUUUUCCAAUCCUGAGAAUAUAGGUGGGAUUUGAAGGAGGGCAUUUAAAAAAAUAAGUAUCUCUAGCUAAAUUGAUCUUGUUUAAGUAAAACUUUUUUGUGUUCUUUCUUUUAAUAACAUAGUGCCCGUGUUGAUACCACAUUUUAGCCAAAUGAUUACCAUUAAGUAAUCACUAACCAUCUUUACUGGACAAAUUCAUCUGGGAAUUCAAUGUGUGAUUUCUGAAAGAACUGAUGAAAUUGGGUACUAAUUUCCUUCUAGUUUUAUUUUAAUUUUGAAUUUCAUGGCAUAUACUUUUAGCUCAACUUUGUAUUUUAGUAUUGUAUUAGGAUUUGGUACUAGAAAGGAUAAGUAAACAUUUCAGUAUAUAAAUAUUUAUUCUUUGGGUUUCUUAGGGAGUUUCAUAUACUUUUGCUUAUAAAUACUGCUGAUCAGUUGGCCAUUUUUUAAUUGACUACUCACAGUUUUUAGGCAUCAGGAAGUCUACUUCAUGUUUUAAAAUUUUAGAAGCCUAAUUUUACUUUAUUUCCUUAAAUAAUGUGCCAUGUGUUUUGGUUAGUAUUUGUUUUUAAAUUAUAUAUUCAGAGAGUAUGCUUGAAAUAUUUAAGAACACAUUUCCUAAAUGUAUGAUACUGUAUUAUUUGGUCAAAAAAAUACAUCAGCUAAGUGUUAGUUAUUACUGUUAAGAAGCUCUUCAGAAAUAAGGAGAGGCAUUGGCUCUGCUUUAUUGUCAAGUGAGCAUUUCCACUUUUGUUCACCUCAAUACAAACUCUUCCUUUAAUCUAUUUUAUAUAUUAAGCUAGUGGCCUCUGCUCUCAUGGUUUCCUAUUUAUAUUAACUAGUGGAUGGGGGUGCUAAUUAGAAAAACUCAGAUUCAGAUUGCAGUUGACAGCUUACACUUUUAUGAGAGGGGGGAAAAGGUUGUUUAAUAAAAAAGUGACAUUUUUUCUUAUCUUGCAUGAAAAUAUUGCCCUCAUUUCCUCUCAGUGUGUCUGUCUGUGUCUCUCUCUCACUACCACCACCCCCAUUUUUCCCUGCCCCUCAUCCAAAUAGGCCAAUUCCAUUUUCUUGAACAAGAAAGUUUAAACUCAUUACCUCAUUAAGGCCAGUUAGUACUUUAUUAAACUGGGUUGAAAAUAAGAAAACUUGGGAUAGAGUGAUAAGAACCUUGACCUGGCUGUAGAUGUUUAAAAAAAAAAAAAACCAAUAAUGCCACAUAAGCCACCAAGAAUCACCUUUCACUG